AUAAGAGAUGGCUUUCCUCAUCCGCAUAUGCACAGCGAGAUGGGUUCCUUCUCACUCCUCUUUUUCACAGUCUUCCUGUCACUUGUAGCAGCUUCUAAACUGUACAACAAUGGCGUCUCGGCAGAAGAGUCUGCUGAUACUGGUCUUAUGAUGAAUUACUACACGGACUCAUGCCCCCAAGCUGAAGACGUCAUUAGAGAGCAAGUGAAGCUCCUCUACAAGCGCCACAAGAACACUGCAUUCUCCUGGCUCAGGAACAUCUUCCAUGACUGUGCUGUUCAGUCGUGUGAUGCUUCUCUUCUGUUGGAUUCGACGAGGAGGAGCCUGUCGGAGAAGGAGACGGAUCGGAGCUUUGGGCUGAGGAACUUCAGGUAUUUGGACACCAUCAAAGAGGCUGUUGAGAGAGAGUGCCCCGGAGUCGUUUCUUGUGCAGACAUCCUCGUCUUGUCGGCCAGAGAUGGCAUUGUUGCGUUGGGUGGUCCAUAUAUCCCCCUGAAAACGGGGAGGAGAGACGGGAGGAGGAGCCGAGCGGAGGUGUUGGAGGAAUACCUGCCUGACCACAACGAGAGCAUCUCCGGUGUUCUCGCCAAGUUCGAAGCCAUCGGCAUCGACACCCCCGGCGUCGUCGCACUCCUAGGUGCGCACAGCGUGGGCCGCACCCACUGCGUGAAGCUGGUGCACCGGCUGUACCCAGAGGUGGACCCUGCCCUGAACCCAGACCACGUCGAGCACAUGCUCCACAAGUGCCCCGACCCCAUCCCCAACCCGAAAGCCGUGCAGUACGUCCGCAACGACAGAGGCACGCCCAUGAUCCUCGACAACAACUACUACCGCAACGUUAUGGAGGGCAAGGGGCUCUUGCAGGUGGACCACCAGUUGUACGAAGACAAGCGCACCAGGUUCUUCGUCAAGAAGAUGGCAAAGAGCCAGGACUACUUCUUCAAGGAGUUCGCUCGUGCCAUCACCAUCCUCUCCGAAAACAACCCGCUGACCGGCACCAAGGGUGAGAUACGCGCCGUGUGCAACGUUGCUAACAAGCACCACCUCUAAAUGAUGAGUAGUGCUCAGUGUCUGUUUUCUCCCUCUCACUUUUGUGAGUUCUUUUUAAGUGUGGUCCCUCUCUCUGCGUUGCUUGGGGAGUGAUGAUAGUAGUAGUGGAUGGGCUGGCUUCUUUAAUGGAUAAGCGCACCGGUGGUAAUGGAUGCUAUGAUUAUGUACAUAUGGAUGGUAGGAGUGGACUAAGAGUGCUUGUCUUUUACAUGUUAGUGGAGUAGAUGGGCCACAGUUGCACGGGCCCUUUGCUUUCC